AUGGAUUAUAAAUCGUUGGAGUGUCUGCAGUUUAACCAAUGUUUGUUUGCAUCAGCUUCACAGAAGGAUGAUGUUUCGAGAAAUAGGAGCAAGGGAAUGAUCUUUGAAUCGAUAGUGAUAAAGUUUCUCUGUAUUCUUACCUGCUCAAAACUUCUGUCUAAUCUAUCUUUGUUCUCUUCUUCUUGUGCAAUCUUUUCCUUGCUUCCAGUGGCUGCUACAAAGAACAAAGCUAGAGGCAGCCAAGGGCAGUUUCCACUUACACAGAACGUCACGGUUGUUGAAGGGGGAACAGCAAAUUUGACCUGCAGGGUCGAUCAAAAUGAUAACACCUCCCUCCAGUGGUCAAAUCCAGCUCAACAGACACUGUACUUCGACGACAAGAAAGCUCUGAGGGACAACAGAAUUGAGCUGGUCCGAGCUUCGUGGCAUGAGCUGAGCAUCAGUGUCAGCGACGUGUCCCUGUCAGAUGAAGGGCAGUACACCUGCUCUUUGUUCACUAUGCCUGUCAAAACUUCCAAGGCUUUUCUUACCGUUCUCGGUGUUCCUGAGAAGCCACAAAUUACUGGAUUUACCUCACCAGUUAUGGAGGGAGAGAGGAUGCAGCUCACUUGCAAGACAUCUGGUAGUAAACCAGCAGCUGAUAUCAGAUGGUUCAAGAACGACAAAGAAGUUAAAGAUGUUAAAUAUUUAAAAGAAGAAGAUGCAAACCGCAAAACAUUCACAGUCAGCAGCACGCUGGAUUUCUUAGCAGAUCGCAAUGAUGAUGGUGCAGUUGUAAGUUGCAGAGUAGAUCAUGAGUCCCUAAACUCUACACCUCAGAUAGCAAUGCAGGUUCUAGAAAUACACUAUACACCUUUAGUUAAAAUCAUUUCUUCCAAUUCAUGGCCUGAAGAAGGACAAACUAUAAUUUUGACUUGUGAAUCCAAAGGAAAACCAGUGCCAGAACCAGUACUGUGGACAAAGGACGGUGGAGAGCUCCCAGAUCCAGAGAGAAUGGUUGUCAAUGGCAGGGUUCUAAGCAUCAGUUUCCUAAACAAAACAGACAAUGGCACAUACCGAUGUGAAGCAAAAAAUCCUAUUGGCCGAAACAGCACAGAAUAUGUCCUGAUAGUACAUGAUGUUUUCAACACUUUGCUUCCCACUACUGUCAUCCCCUCCCUUACCACUGCAACAGUCACAACCACUGUAGCCUUAACAGCCAGCACAACCACCUCGGCAACAGCCACCAGCAUCAGAGAUCCAAAUGCUUUGGCUGGACAGACCGGACCUGACCACGCUCUUAUAGGAGGAAUAGUGGCUGUAGUUGUGUUUGUCACACUAUGUUCUAUAAUUCUCCUUGGUCGAUACCUGGCAAGACAUAAAGGAACAUAUUUAACAAAUGAAGCAAAAGGAGCUGAAGAUGCACCUGAUGCCGACACAGCCAUUAUCAAUGCAGAAGGCAGCCAAGUCAAUGCAGAGGAGAAAAAGGAGUAUUUCAUUUAGAUGCAGAGCUAGAAUCUUGGAGUUUUACUUAUCAGGCUGACUGCUGGAGGAAACUGGCUAUCAUUUCUCAGAAUUCAUUUCUGCCAUCUUAUGCUAUCUUUAUUAACUUGCAUACCUUCUAUAAGUAGCCAGUUUAUGCCAACAAUCAGCUGUUGACAUCAUCAUUCUAUAAUUACAGUAUCAUGCGUAAAACAGGACAUUUCUUAUUGCCUAAAAAUCAUAUCCACUGCUCUCUUAACAUACAGUGCUUGAAUAUACAGCCUUAACAAUGUUAAUCAUCAUCUUAAUCCAAGUUUUCUACAUUUUUAAAUGUUAUGCAGCUUUCUUUUUCAGUUUUCUUUUAUCAUGUCCCUACUAGUAUGUCAUAGAACAAAAUUCAUAACGAAUACUAUUAGGUAAGGUCCUAAUUUACUCACAGAAAAUGUUAAGUCUAAGAUUAGAGGUUUACAAAGAAUGUUUUAUAUGUGUCUAUCUAUAAUUCAGACAGCAACUUGUUUUUGAAACAUCUGCCCUUGGAAACACAAUUUGAAAUCUGUUUAGUAUAGUUUCCUUUAUGUUCGGGUUUGGUGGAAAAAAAAGAUCAUCCCAGUGAAUUUUUUGUUUUGUUUUGUUUUGCUUUGCUUUGUUAUGAUUGAAGUGGUACCUUGAUAACAAUGCCAUGUUUCAGUGGUGAAAACAUGCUGAAUAGCUAUACAUAUUCUGCAAAGUUAGAUAAUAGUGCUUUAUUUGAAACAGUUUGUCCUACCCUUUUACUGGCUUUUGGAAUCACAAAGAUUAGAGAACUUUCUAAGUAAUUUAUGUUUUUAUAAUUUAUUUGCUAAACAUGAACUCACCUGCCUACUCAAAUUUGAAGUGUUCAUGGGACACAACUGCAAGGCAUUUUAGUAUCUGUAUAUAGUGCAUAUAAUAAAUUCAAUUAAACAUUAUUUGAUACAUAUUCAACUUUUUUUGGCAGUAGCUAAGUCAGUCACAAGCAAGCAUUUUCUAAUGUCCAUUAUAUCCCUUUAGAUAUGACUCAAAUCAAUAUUCUGAGUAGGAGUAUUUUUGUCUGUAUGUCCUAGCACUGUUCAGCAGCAAACUUUUCUAGUUCUUGUUAAUUUUUUCUUUGUUAUACAAUGGAAGCACAAUGUUAUAUGGGAAGGUAGUUUUAAGCUAACAACCAGUGCACAGCCUCAGGUUUUAAAUUACAACCACAUUUGAUUACUAUCCUUAAAAAAUACUAUUGAGUUGCUAAAAUUCUCAGUUUUUAAUUUGGCAGUUCCAGAGCUGCUUCUCUAUGUUGGUUUGCCAAAAAAAAAAAAAAAAAAAAAAAAAAAAAAAAAAAAAAAAAAAAAAAAAA